GCCAUGCGGCACGAACGUCCAUUCGCGCUAUCUACGACUUAUACGAAAACUCUUCAACAUAUCCGAAGUUCCUAAAACGUAUACCCAUUUAUAUGCCUAGCGUAUAUUUUAAGCUGUAUGCAUAACAGCUUUUGCCUUAAUACACAACAAAAAAAAAACUGAAAUAAAAAAAGAAAACUUUAAAAAGUGAACUUUUGUUUGAAAUUCGAACGCGGCAUAGUGCGUCUUUGUUUUUUUUUUCUUGGAACUUUUUACGUGUACCUGUUUAAUUUGCUGAACUGAAUAUUUAGCCGAAAAAAAUUAUAACAAGUAUAAGAAAAGAAAUCUGCAUGAAAAGAUGGACUGGCGAGUGAUUUUGAAACGAAACUUGAAACACCAGACGCACAGCUAAGAUGGUGUCCUACGAUGAUUUUUACGAUGACUUCUUGAGCACUGGCAAACAUGUUCCUACUAUGAAUCUAAACGGCUCAUCCUUUGUAGGAGGAGUUUUGAUCUUUACCAAAACAUUGACUGGAGAAACUGUAGAAUUACUAGAAGAACCCAAAUUAAACAGGACAACUGACAUCAUCGACGUGAAGAUCGUACAAGUGGCUUUCUGUAUUCUCUACUCAAUAAUUUUCGUCCUUGGAGUGUUUGGCAACGUAUUGGUCUGCUAUGUGGUCUUCCGGAAUCGGGCGAUGCAAACUGUCACAAACCUUUUUAUAACAAACUUGGCUUUAUCGGAUAUACUGCUAUGCGUCUUCGCUGUACCAUUAACACCAAUGUACACAUUUCUUGGAAGAUGGGUGUUCGGGAGACUCCUUUGUCACCUCAUGCCCUAUGCGCAAGGAACGAGUGUUUACAUAUCAACCCUCACGCUGACAUCAAUAGCUAUAGACAGAUUCUUCGUCAUCAUAUACCCUUUUCAUCCUAGAAUGAAACUCAACACAUGUGUGUUUAUAGUAAUUUUCAUAUGGGUGUUUUCCUUAGUAGUGACCUGUCCCUAUGGCUUAUUCAUGGGGAUCCAGAUAACUAAUAAUAGAACUUAUUGCGAGGAGAGUUGGCCGUCAGACAAGUCGAGGAAAAUAUUUGGAGUCUUCACUACUGUUUUACAAUUUCUUAUACCAUUUUUAGUAAUAGCAAUUUGUUAUACAUGUGUUAGUAUAAGAUUGAACGACCGCGCUCGGUCGAAGCCAGGUGCUAAAAACACUAGAAAAGAAGAAGCAGAUAGGGACAGGAAAAAAAGAACUAAUAGAAUGCUUAUAUCAAUGGUAGCCAUAUUUGGUAUAUCGUGGCUGCCUUUGAAUCUAAUAAAUAUAUUUAACGACUUCUACGCACAAAUGACUGAGUGGAAUUAUUAUUACGUUUCCUUUUUCCUCGCCCAUUCUAUGGCGAUGGCAUCGACUUGUUACAAUCCAUUUCUGUACGCAUGGCUGAAUGAGAAUUUUAGGAAAGAAUUCAAACAAGUGCUACCAUUUUUCGAAACCUCCGGAGGAGUGAGGAACAGUUAUCAUUCAGGACGAAUGCCAACACAUAAGGCUGAUAAAAUAUGCAAUGGCAAUGACACUAUACAAGAAACUUUGUUAGCAUCUUCCUUUAAUAGAGGGCCCUCAAUAAAACAACGAAUGCUAGAAAUGAAUGACAAGAAAGACAGUGGGGUUGAAAUUGAAAAUAUUUUGCUCGAAGAGAAAACGAUAUCAGCGACGUAUCACACAAAGGGUGAAAAUAUGAACUUACAAUUAAUAGACGAAGAAUCACAGAUCAGCGAUAUCAAAGAAAUUAAGCCUUCAGUAUAGAAACAUUACCAUCACGUUCCGAGACAAUAACAAACAGAGCACCACAAAUUGGUAUAUAAAGCGCAAAAUUUACACUCAUAACGAGUACCAACGUUCUACUUUCACAGCUUAAUUACGAAAAUUACUCGAGCAGAUGUUUUUGAUUAAACCCUUUGUGACUGUAAGCUGUAAACUGACGGAAUGCGUCACAGUGAUGCAAAAAUAGCAGCGAUCGCUUUGAACGCUUGACUAUAACACAACUUCUAAAACUUAACAAAUUACUAUACAAUAACUCAUGUAAUUUUGAAUGAACUCUGAUCAAAAUGACCAACCAAAGUAUAAACUGUAUAUUUUUUUUAUGCAAUAUAGGCUUGCGCUUGACUACAAUUAAGCCUAAUGGAAAGCAAAGUUGGAGCGCGCUUAAGAAGAUGCCUAUUCAUUCUUGCUUUGAAGGUGUUUAAAGUAUAAGUGUCAGGAAACAAACGCCGGAAGGGCAUUCCAAAUAUUUGCUGUGCCUAUUUGAAAUGUGGACGCAAAUCGUUUCGUACGUUUCGUGCCUGGACGGCAACAAUAUAUGCAUGCCACCGUUCGCGACGUCUUGCUGUUCUGUGGAUAAUAGAUAUAAAGAAAAGUUGUGGCAUUCAUGAACACCCGGGACUCGAUCCGCACCACCUCGUCGCUAGGCGUCCACUUGUAGUCGACAGGUGGACCACGGGUGGACGCCGGGUUGUCACCAGUGAACCUCGCGUGGUCAACGAAUUUCCGAGUAGUUAACCGCGAGUAGUAGCUGCCAACAGCGAGCUAUCAUCGAGUGGUCCACUCACAGUCCGCGCGUGGACAUCUCGCGAGCGAGGCGAUCUGGUGAUGGUACGGAGUCGAUGUAGUGAGCGCAUACCCAUAUAAAUCCAUACGAAGAAUACUAACCACUCGAGGCGAGGCGGUGUGAGUCUGGUCCCGGUUGGCUCUAAUGAGUUACGACCUUAUAACGCAUUUUCGCAUAUGCGCCACGUUUUUGUAGAGUGCUCAAACGUGCCAAAGAUAGUUUCAAUCAGGAGAUUUUUCUUUGAAAGAUGGACCCAUGAUCAUUGUGGUUUUCAGACGUCAUUGACGCCAGAAAUUUUAACUACACUCAGUUCAGUUUUUUAACACUUCCUUUACAUAAUUUAAUUAAUGCUAUAAGAUCAACCAUGAUUCUGCUAUGACGACACUUCUGUCUGUUUCCUGCAUUACGAUUAUUAAAGUAUCUAUAAACAUAAUUAAAGUAGGUACAUUUAUAUUUUUACUAAUUCCAAUAAUAACAUGAAAAUUUUAAAUUGAAAAAGAUUUGCUGCUACCAAUUAAAAUAUUGCUUAGCACAAAGUGAAUCAUCGAAUGUUUACUGUUAGUAAUUAAAAAAUUGUUUUAAUUACCUUUGUUAAUUCAUUGUCUUGGAGUAAUUUAAUUGUUCAUUAUUUUGCUUAUUUCGUUAUAUUCAACGAGAUAUUAAACUAUAUUAAAGAUUUCUUAAAUGAAAGAAAGACUAAAAAUGUGUAAAUAACUUUUAAUAAAAAUUAAAUAAAUUAGAUAUUUAAUUAUUUGCUUUGCUUGGUGUGAUGUAUUAUAACAAAAAAUCGAUUAAAAGUUAAAAAUGUUUUAUGUGUAUAUAAUAUUAAUUAGAUAUUAAUUAAAUAUUCAUUUAUUAAAAUAAAUAAAAUAAAUUACCAUAGGUAUGUAGUUAAAACGCAAGUAGGUAUCCAAGAGGCCUAUUGUUUAAGGACUAUUUAAUUUUAACUUAACUAGUAUUUAAGAUGUUGUUUAAAACAAAGUUUAACUUAGAGUAAGGACAUUGUGUUUCUUGAAUAAACUUUGAGCCCAAUUUCAAACUUCGUCGUGUAUAAUAUUACUAUUAUUACUAUAGCAUUAAUAGAAACCAUAAAAAUUGAUAAACCAUACUUCUUCAGUGCCCCAUGGGAGUUGAUAAUAUAGUCUUAACGUGUCCAACAUACAAUCAAUAAUUAUAUUUAAAACAUAAUGGUUAAAAAAUAUAAGGUAAAGUUGUCCUUUACGGAAAUUAAACUCAGGUACAACUUACAACGUGGUGUGAUUUUAGAAAACGAUAUUAUUUUGUACGGCAUCGUUGGCUGUGACACAACCUAUCUUUCUGAAUGUCAAAAAGCAACUGUUGAACUGUUCCUCGCAAAUCAGCAUUGGGAAGAACUUUCGUGUGCCAUUUUUAUGAAACGUACAUGCCAUGCGAAGUCUAUACUAUUUACGUCGUUGAUUUUAGUCAAUCUUAUCCUAAAUGGACCGACCAGAUUAAAUCUGCUGUAGGCGGUCCCUUGCAUGAAUGCACGCGACUCACUACACAAAGGGAGAAGUAGCGAAUGCUCGUGAGGCGUAUAACAUCUGCCUCCAACACGUCCUAAAGACCACGACCGCUCUGUCAAGAGCGCAGCGACAAAGAAGAAGAAUCCUAAAGUCCAAAAUAUUGACAAUAUUAUAGACUGUCUGUCCACGUGCAUCAAUUGUUAACAUUAAACCAUACUACUGUUAAAUAAAGGAAAACAUUACGUCAUUGUAAAAAAAAUAUCCCCUAUUAUGUAUUUGAUAAUUGGACAGAGCUUGGUUACUUUGUUUAUGCCUUUCAGUUUUGUCACUGCGUCUUGCUGUAUCGUAUAUGACUUCUGAAUACAGCGCAGUUAACCAUCCAUAGCAUCGCCAUUGGUAAAAUGAAAUGAAGCAUGAAUCAAUUUUAUACUGAUGAAUUAAAUGUAUUUUACUCAGACUGCAGUGUGAUUAGGUACUGGAUACAAAAGUAGCCCAACUUUGUUUCAAAGUGGUAUAUUGUGAUAUUAUGUUCUGGCUAUGUUGGUCAUAGAUACUUAUAGAUUAUCUAGUCAUUGCCUUCUGUAGAUUUUUUGUUGUAAUUGCUUCUAAAAUUCACAAUUGCUGUAAAAUAAGGCUUCAUUUUUCCUUUCAUUAUAAUUCGAAGUUUGAAAUUAAGUGUUUAUUUAAGAAACAAAAAUAUUUCACGUAAUACUGUAUUCUUAAGACGUUUUGAUUGUACAUAAAAAUCAUUAGCUAUAAGCAUACAUUACGUAUUUUAAUGUACAUAAAAGUAUAUGUAUUGUUCUCUUAUUGGAAAUAAAAAUGAAAAGUCUCUAAUUUCGAUGUACGUAGAAUAUGAACUGUAGAAAUACUUGGUAGAAGUAUUUGUUAUCAAUAUAAAGAAUAAAGGCAUUG